AUGCGCAGCCUCACUCGACACGUCUCGCAUCGCCUCCAUCAUCCUCCAGCCAGGCCGGCCACUGGCCACUCGUCGUCUCCCAAUGCCUACACACAGCUCGCCAUGGGGAAGCGCUUCCGUGCGUGCGAAGCCUGCCACGCCCUAAAGAUCAAAUGCGACCCCUCGCUCGCCGAGCCAGGAUGCUGUGAGCGUUGUGUACGCACCAGCACCACGUGUGUGCCCGCCGCGCGACGCUGGCAGCGGGACAGGAUCCAGGAGCUCGAGGCGCAGGUCGCGCAACUACAGCUCGCCCUCGACGAGACACGCGCUGCGUCCGUGUCCGCUGGACGGUGUACCAGAGACACGUCUGUUGGGUCGAGCGAUCAUGGCUCUGGAGACAAGAUGCUCGCAUUCUUGGAUGCCCUUGUCGACCUCUCCGCCCAAGCGCGCGCCCUCACAGUCUACGCGCACCAUGUACACUCGGCAUGGCCCGUGAUCUCGCUUGGCACAGGCACGUCCGACUCCCAGAUCUUGUCCAUGAGGGACGAGUUCCCCAUCACACUUGUCGCCAUCUUAGCGUUCGCCCUGACUUCCCACGACGUCCAAGUCGACGCCCAAACGCAACAGGUCCUGCGUCAACGGGUAGCCGAUGUAGUAGGCGCGGCUAUGACUACCCAGGCGUGUUCGCACGACUUGAUCCAAGCAUCGUUGGUGGCCGCCUUCUGGGUGCGGCCAGCCUUUGACACAAACUGCUACCGCCUGAUCGCUCUGGCUAUCGACAUGGGCGUCGACUUUGGUCUCGGUGGUGACUCCAUGCCCAGCUCGCCGCCCGCGUGGUUCGGUCGACAUCGUGGCCCUCUCUCGCCGGGCAUGGCGCGGUCGUGGCUCGGGGCAUACGUAGGCUCCAAGUUUGCCUCCAUCAGCACAAGACGACAGGACGCGCAUUGCUGGGGCCCGUCGCACGACAGCGCCUUCAAUCUGCUCGAGCAGCAGCCAGAGGGAAAUCACUUACUCCUCGAGAUCACCCGGAUCGCGCACCUGCAAGCCACACUCGCGAAUGACCUCGCGCUCUGCGACGCCAAUGUCUAUCGCGACAUGAACUCGGAGAUCGUCAGAGCCUCGCGCUCGGCUGUGCGCGAACGAAUAGAGGCGAUCGAGAGAAACCUGCCGCCGUGGCUCGCGCAGGACCACCAACUGCGAUUCCUGCGGCUGCAGAGCGUCAUCCUCAGCAACGAGCCGGUCCUGCACACGACGAGCAACAAGGCCUUCUUUGGCGCGCCGUACAUUGCGGCCCGCAUCGGCGUGCAUGACUUUGCCUGUCCCGACGAGAUCACACCGGUUGUACAGGAUGCCCUCCUCUCGCUGGUGCGUGCCUGCCACGAUGCCAUUGACGUGGUCGCGCGCGUGCCCACCGCGGAGCUUCUCAACCUGACGACGCUCUGCUUCGCGUCGUCGGUCACCUACAAUCUCGCCCUGCUCGUCAAGGUGCACGUGGCCGUCUCCGCGCCAGGUAACUCUUAUGGGCAGAUCAUGACACGUCAGCAGCUCAACGUGCGACAGGCCAUGGAGAAGCUCAAGCAGGUCAAUGCGGCCCUGGUCGCGCUCGAUCCGCGCAUGGACAACUGGAACACGAGGAUCAUUGGCGCGGCCGCCUGGCUGGAGACCUGGCUGGUGGAUUACGAGAGCAUUGUUCAGCGAUUUGAGCACACCCUGCAACGGGGAGCAGCCGAGGAGGCCAUGGGCAGUCUAAGCCCCAGUGGAUUCUUCUGA